CCGCUGCGCGUCGUCCCGCUGCUGGUCGUAGUAGUCAUUCGGCCCGCCCCGCUGCUCCGUCCAUUGGCCGUGCCUCUCCCUGGACCUGGAGCGGCUCCGGCGGGGGCUCCCCAUGCGGAUCCUCUUGAUGUUCCGGGCCUCAUGGAGCCGGUGCUCGUGUUCUUCUCGUUCCCUUUCCCUGUUUCGGGGCUUCGGAAGUUUUGGACCGAAGUAGUCCGGAGACAAAUCUCGGCCUCCGUGGCUUCCACUGCGGGACCGAGACCUGCUCCGCCGCCGGGGACGAGCGGGACUGUGGUCUCUGGUCCGGCCGGGACUGUGGUCUCUGGUCCGGCCGGGACUCCUGUCUCUGGUCCGGCCCGGACUAUGGUCUCUGCCACCGUCGGGGUUUCGGUCUGAUGAGCGGUCGUAGAUGGGCAUUCUGGCUGCCGUUAAAACACACGACCACGGCAGAACUGGUGAACAAAACAACAACUGGGCCUCUACCGAGAGCCCUGAUACGCCAUGACGAUUGUUGCUCUCGGAAAACGUUUCCAAACAGGAUAUUGUGCCUCCGCAGAUCGCUACACGAAGAACAACGUACAGGGGAGCAAGGUUCCGCUUGGGAUUUAUUUGUAAACAGUCCUGUACUGAUUCAAGGCUCGUCAACCAGUCGAUAUUUCAUUUGAACAACUGAAAACCGCUAUUAACAUUAUCAUGAUUGAAUAUUGUUAUUAUUAUGAUUCUAUUUUGGGUUUUAGAAAUAAAUAAAUUAUCGAAGUCUAAAAACGUACUCCGAUUGCGCUCUACAGCUGCACCUGGUGGCCGCCCGGGUCACGACAACAGUAGUAGCCGCCCUACAGUGGCCCCUGGUGGCCGCCCGGGUCAUGAAAGAAGUAGUGGCCUCCUUACAGCGGCCUCUGGUGGCCGGCCGGGUCAUGACAGCGGUAGUGAACCUCAGAGACGUGCCGCGGCUGUCUAUUUUUUUGUCGUCUGUGCCUCGCCAAGUUACAACUGCAGGUAACAAUCCGGCUUGGUCAAAACAGAAAAACAGAAAGCGCAGGCAUGCCGAACCUCAAGCUGAUCUCUGCCACGGACACACAGUACUCUGCUGCUGUGCUGAGGUCCAUGAACGACCAAAGGAACCAUGGACUAUUCUGCGACGUCACGAUAAUCAUACAGGACAAGAAGUUCAGAGCCCACAAAACGAUUCUGUCCGCCUCCAGCACUUACUUUCACCAGCUCUUCUCCGUCGCCGGGCAGGUCAUCGAACUGAACUUUAUCAAAGCGGAAAUCUUUGAACAGAUCCUCAAUUACAUUUACAGUUCCAAGAUCACCCGCGUCCGAUCCGACAUGCUGGAGGAGCUCAUCAGCGCCGGAAAGAUACUGGGCGUCAAGUUCCUCGCCAACUUGGGGACGCUUUUGUCCCAAGUGAAGGGCUUACCGGGUCUGUCGAAAGACCCCGAGUGCAAGAGCGGCGCGUCCACCAAGGUGAUGCCCAUCAUCACCGAGUCCUUCUCCAUAUCGGCCGAGGAAUUUAACCAGACGUGCAAAUCUGCCGACGACGACGGGGAUUCCGAUAACGACGACGUCAUGUUCGUCUCGGAAACGGAUUCCAAGAAGACGGAGGAGACUCCGAAGCCGGCGGUGAUCGACCUGGACGCCGGCGAGUCGGGAGACGCAGCGUCGGACAAAAAGCAGGAACCGCAAAAUACUGCGGGGGAGAUGAGUCCACCCAAAGCAGAGGACGCAGCGCUGUCCGCGUUGAAGGGGUCCCCCCAGGUGGUCCCGGUCUCCCGGCCCAACCUGAGCCCCAACACAUCCUCCAGCAUCCCCUGCCCCCCGGCCAGGAUGUCCUCCGGAGCCACGCCCACCACGCCGGUGUCCAGCCUGCACAGCCUCAGCCCCGUGUCCCCCAACACGCCGCAGCCCUGCGACAGCAGCGACAUGAUGGGCGUCCACAAGAAGCAGGUGUGCACCACGGCCCAGCAGGGGGACUUUAAGAUCCGCCUCUCGGACAUGUCUUCCGGGGCCAACUUCCCCCAGGCGGCCGUGGUGGCCAAGAAGACCAUCACGCUGGACAAGGCCCUGGAGAUUGACGCCCUCUCGUCGGGGUGCAAGGUGUACGCCAACAUCGGCGAGGACACGUACGACAUCGUCCCCGUGAAGGAGGACCCCGACGAGGGCGGCUCCAAGGCGGCCAAGGGGAAGCGGGCGCUGAUGGCCACGCCCCUGAAGCCCUUCGAGGAGGGCAUGGCGUCGCCGACCGGCAGCCCCGGCAAGAAGAAGAUCAAGAGCGAGCCGGAGGACCACUACGAGCUCAUCAUGGACGGGAAGACCUUCUACGUGUGCAUGGUCUGCAAGCGACCCUACGUGUGCCUCACCAGCCUGCGCCGGCACUUCAACACCCACUCGUGGGAGAAGAAGUACCCGUGCCGCUACUGCAACAAGGUGUUCGCGCUGGCCGAGUACCGGACUAAGCACGAGGCGCAUCACACCGGGGAGAGGCGCUACCAGUGCCUGCUGUGCAACGACAUGUUCCUCAACUACCAGGUGCUGUCCACGCACUGCAAGCAGGCGCACAACCAGGACCCGUCGGGCCGCAAGGAGAAGGACGACACCCCCAACAACCUGUACCGCCUUCUGCCCUACAAGUCCCUCCCCACGCAGCCCUCGGGCUGGCCCGCCCACGAGGGCGGCGUCCGCAUGAUCGGGGAGGACGGCAGCGUGCAGCACGUCAUGGCCGGCGUGGGCGGCGGCGGGGAGAUGCAGUCUCCCACGCAGCAGAGUAAGGUUUUGAGCUGGAACGAUAUCUUUGUGGAUUCCGACGCCCGGUCGCGGCCGGGCAUGAACCCCCCGCAGCAGCAGCAGGGCAAUCCAGAGUUCGACUUUGUCAUCCCGGAGACCUACUGA